AUGUCCUCCCCCUCCGCCCGCCGCCUCCUCAAAGAAAGCAGCGACCUCCACAAAAACCCCAGUCCAUACUUCACCGCAGGCCCAACCAGCGACUCCAACCUCCACGAUUGGCACUUCACCCUCGCCGGGCCCCCCUCCACACCCUACGCCCAAGGCCUCUACCACGGCCGCAUCACCUUCCCAGCAACAUACCCGCUCCGCCCGCCCUCCUUCCGCUUCCUCACGCCCUCCGGCCGCUUCGAAGUCAACCGCGAGAUCUGCCUCAGCAUCUCCGGCCACCACGAGGAAACAUGGCAGCCGGCGUGGGGAGUGCGCACGGCGCUGCUGGGUAUCCGGUCGGAGAUCUUUGGGUCGGAGAGCAAGGGACAGGUUGGGGGGAUGGAGGGGAGUGAUGAGGUGCGGAGGGAGUAUGCGCGGUUAUCGCUUGGGUGGCGGUGUCGGGAGUGUGGGGUUGGGAAUCUGGAGAUUAUGAAGGAGGUUUGGGGGGUUUGUCGGGAGAGGGGGGUGGAGGUUGAUGUUGAGGUUGGUGAGAUGGCUAGUGAGGGUCUUCGGGAAGAGAGGGAAGAGGGUGUAGAGAAUGAUUCGUCUGUGUCUGAUACUCUUCCUGCGGUUGAUGCUGCUCCGGAACAGAUACCAGAGUUGCAGCAGACGGCAUUGCAGCAGAUAUCGACACAACCGCCUUCAUCGGGGCAGGUACCGACUACUGCUGCCAUCCCCGUGCAGACAAGUGCGCAGUUGGCUACGACGGAGACUCCGUGUGAAAGUGUCUGGCUGGACCGGGCAAUCGUCGCUGUGAUCAUUGCUCUUGUGGUAUUGGUUUUGCGUCGUGUGGCCAAUGUUGGUGAUCUUUAA